AUGCCAAUGGAAAUGGGCAUGAAGCUACUGGCAAGUGAAGCUGCUACGCUCCGAUUCCUCAAGGCUCACAGCGAUAUUCCAGUUCCAGAAGUAUACGACUAUAGUGCUUCGUCCGAUAAUGACAUUGGGAUUCCGUGCAUCCUUAUGAGUGAAGCUCCUGGUUGGCCACUGUCAAAAGUUUGGAGACCAGCUGGUUCUCCUCAACCUGACCUAGACCCCCUCAGCAAGGCCAGAGUUCUGUCGCAGUUGGGCGCUAUCACCUGGAAGCUUUCACAGUUGCGGUUCAAUGAAAUCGGCUCUCUCUUUGAGGAAGAUGGGUCCUUCGAAAUCAAGGAAUGUCUUUCCCGCGGUCACAUGUUACAUGAACGAUAUGCAUUGGAGAUCCCACGCGGGCCAUUCAAUUCUGAGGCGGAGUUUUAUGGCAGCCUUAUUUCUGCAUUCUUAGAGCAUGCAGAGACUCUGCAGUUAUCACAUCAUUGCUUUGUGGCACCUGUUCCCUCCCGGGAAGAGUAUGACUCCAGCACGGAAUAUAAGGACGCUGUGAACCUAUGGAACGACUUUAUGACUGUAGGAGGCAAGACCGACUCAUCGGAGAACAGGGUGGAUUACAUUAUAGCAGGCGAUGCUCUCCGUGACACUGUACGGAGACUUGAACUGCCAGCCGUCAAUCCGGAGACUUUUCCGCUGUGCCACGCUGAUCUGAGCGUCAAUAAUAUAUACGUUGAUGAGGAUUACAACGUUACGUGUAUCAUUGACUGGGCAUUUGCUUCAUCCAUUCCUGAAACUAUGCUGUUAGCUGUUCCAGGAUUACCACAAUACGGCGACAAAAGUAGUCCAGAGCUGCACAGACCCUUCAUAGACGGUUUUAUCACUGCUAUACCCGAAACGAUCGAACAGAGGCUGGUCAACAGAUAUCGGGAAGCUCUUGAGCGGAGUCAAGUCUCCUGGGAAUUGAGUCGACUCCUCAACCUUGAUUCUAUUGCUGAUUACAACCUCUUUGCUACCGUAUGGCAGUUUGCACAUGGUCCGGAAACGGACCUGGGGCGAUACUUUUUACAACAGCGGCGUUCGCCUCACUACAUCCAGCUAUACAAUGAAGUACGAAAGGAGGAUCAGCCACUUUCGAAAAUCGAAAAGGAUGAAAAGGAUUAUUUUCAGAACAAGGAUCUUCGAAACACAAUAGCUAAGAAGCUGACACUCGUGUCCGAAUGGAAAACACAGUAUGCCGUCGAUAAUCCACCGAGACUUCGCGGAGAUAUGUUUGUCGCUUCUCCCAGAUUAUGGAAGUGGAUUCAACGCUUUAGGCAAGACUGGGAAGGCAUAGAUUGA